GUGUUCUUUGUCAACACCAAGCUUCUUUUUCUUGGCAAGGACACUGGCGUCCAGUCCUCACUUCAGGGCAUCUAAGAAGACGAUGUUUUCUUCAAAAUACGGUCCGGAGAAGCCCCAGAGGCUUUCAGUGAUCUUCUGGGUGCUCAGCUGUUCGGGACUUGGGCGAACUAUCACCAAUAUCUGCGGUCAUGAGAUUGAUUUUAUUUGAUCAUAGAAGUCCCAUAUUACUUCGAGCGGUCCGUGUCCAAUGUCGCUGUGUUUAUAAUGAGAAGUCUUUCCAUCACUUCAGAGGUCAUCCAAACGCUCGCAACAUGUAUCUGGCCAGCCUAACGCUUGUCGUACUCUCUGCUCUCCCGGCUCUAUCUACUUUGGUUGCUCCUAAUGCUCUUGAUCUGACGAUUACGACGAACCUUGUCCACAAAAUUCCAUCAACACUAUACGGAUACAUGUGGGAAGAUAUAAACCACAGUGGGGACGGUGGUCUGUACGGUGAACUGCUGCAGAAUAGGGCAUUCCAAGGCGUUAUCCCGGGUACCCUAAAUGCGUUAAAUGCAUGGCAGCCAUAUAACGGUGCACGGUUGUCGGUCACUUCCAAAACCGACGGCGUAUCAUCUUCUCUACCGAAUAGUCUGCAAGUCCAGAUACCCAAAGUAGUUUUCGGAGAUAUUGGGUUCGAAAAUACUGGCUAUUGGGGUAUCAAGGUCCAAGCAGGAUGGACUUAUAAAGGAUCCUUCUAUGUGAAGUCAAGCACUUUCACCAGGUCAUUAACAGUGGCCUUGAAGUCUGUUCAAGGCACAAUAUAUGCGUCAAAAACAUUGGGCGGAGUAUCCUCGGAAUGGCAGAAGCUUACUUUUGAAUUACAGCCUGAUGUCUCUGCCCCGAGUGAUGACAACGUAUUCAGUGUUGUCCUCAAUGGAAGCGAAGCCGCAGGGCAAACGAUAUUCUUUGGCCUGUUCUCGCUGUUCCCGCCGACUUUUAGAGGGCGUGAAAACGGUAUGCGAAUUGACUUGGCGGAGGCCAUGGCUGCCACCCAUCCCUCUGUUUGGAGGUUUCCAGGAGGCAAUAAUCUUGAAGGAGCAAGCUUUGAUACACGUUGGAAAUGGAACGAGACGCUAGGACCUCUUGAAGAACGUCCUGGUCGCAUUGGCGAUUGGGGUUAUCCCAAUACGGAUGGACUGGGUCUCCUGGAGUACUUGAACUGGGCCGAGGACCUCGGUGCAGAGCCCAUCCUUGGCAUCUGGAGCGGCAUCUCAAUAUCUAAUUACUCUGAUCUUUCAACCUGGCCGAUCGUACCUGAAGAGGACCUUCAACCAUACAUAGAUGAUGUUUUGAACGAGCUUGAAUUCAUUGUUGGCGACGCAGAGACGACUGUGUGGGGAAAGUUCCGAGCUAGCCUAGGGAGGACGGAGCCUUACCAGCUCCGAUUGAUUGAAGUAGGAAACGAGGACCAGUUCCAACCAGAAUCAUACGCUGGAUACCGCUGGAAUUCGUUUGUCUCCGCUAUAGAAGAACGAUAUCCCGGACAAUUUGAAUUCAUUGCGACGACGUAUCCUUCGACAGAACUCAAUCCGGCGUAUCUCAAGAUUGAUUUCCACGAAUACGCCGACCCGAGUUGGUUCACAACCCAUGCUUUCAUGUUUGAUGACUACCCGCGUAACGGCACCAAAUAUUUUAUUGGAGAGUAUGCUGUUACUUCGACAAAUAGUUCCGACUUCCUAGGCACUAUUCCCAAUGGCCGCUUACCCUACCCCAGUCUUCGAGGCGCUGUUGCAGAAGCAGCUUUUAUGACUGGACUAGAACGCAACUGUGAUGUUGUCUUUGCCAGUGCUUAUGCACCAUCAUUACAGCACAUUAGGAACUAUCAAUGGACGCCAGACAUCUUGACAUAUGACUCAAGCCGCGUCGUCAAGUCUACGUCUUACUAUGUGCAACAGAUGUUCAGCGUCAACCGAGGAACGCAUGUUUUAGAGACAUCUCCCGCGUCAACUAACGAAACAGAACCCUUGUUCUGGGUGGCAAGCUACAACAACGAAACCCAAGUUGUCUUCUUGAAGGUCGCGAAUGCGGGUACCACUGACUUGGUGGCUCAUGUCUACUUGGAUUUCUCCUUUACGUUAUUCGGUACCGCGAUUUCCAUCAGCACUCCCGCUUUAAGCCCCAUUAGUGGACAGUUCGAUACAGCGAAUACCCUCGAUGAGCCUGAUCUUAUUAUACCCGUUGCUUCGAGUUUUGCCAUACCCGAACUGGGGAGAUUCAACUAUACCUUCCCAGCUAUGAGUGUAGCCGUUGUCUCUCUACAGGCAUCCGAUGGACUUUGAUCGAGAGUCGUUCCUGAUGAUCGA